AUGCAAGAGCCAGAAGGCAGAAACCAGACAGGUCCCGAAGCAGCGGUUCUCGGUGUCAAGCUUGUAACCUGCGACGUGCAGUCUGGAUUCAGUUUGUCGUCGCUUGGGAACCUGGUAUCCAACAGCCGGGGUGAUCCGAGUAACCAAGAAAGAACGCGUGCCAGACAGAAAGCAUCCAGCGACAAGUUGGUGAAACUCAAGACGAAAGCCGCUGGCAAAAACGUGCGAAACAAGGUGUCAGCGUCGCAGGCGAUCAGAAAGAAAGAGAGGGGCGUUUCCACCCCAGAGGCACGCUAUCGUAUGCAGGCUGGGGAGCGAAGGGUUUCUUGUUAUUGA